UGAUGGUCACUGAUAGGUGGCACUGAUGGGCACUGAUAGGCAGCACUGCUGGGCAAUGCUGACUGAUGGGACUGACUGACAGCAAUGACUAGGGGCACUGCUGGGCAGCACUGAUGGGCACUAAUGAACGCAACUGCUUGUACAGCACUGAUGGGGGCACUGAUGGCUGGGCCUGCUGGGCACUGGUGGGUGGCAUUGCUGGGCACUGGUGGGUGGCAUUGCUGGGCGGCACUGCAGGACACUGAUCACUAAGGCUGAUCCCGAUCAUGGAGAUCGCCGGGUGCACGCCGCUGGG